AUGGGCAUGAACAAUAGCAGCGUCAGAGAAGACUUCAUCCUGGUAGGCUUCUCUGAUCAGCCCAACCUGGAAAAGAUACUCUUCGUGGUUGUUUUGGUUUCCUAUUUCCUAACUCUUGUGGGAAAUACGGUCAUUAUUCUGAUCUCCUCCAUAGACCCUAAACUCAAAACACCCAUGUACUUUUUCCUCACUCACCUUUCCCUACUUGAUAUCUGCUUUACCAGCAGUAUUGUCCCCCAGCUGCUGUGGAACUUAAGAGGACCAGCCAAGACCAUCACAGCCCUGGGCUGUGCUGUCCAGCUCUAUGUCUCCCUGGCAUUGGGCUCCACUGAGUGUGUUCUCCUGGCUGUAAUGGCUUUUGAUCGCUAUGCUGCCAUUUGUAAACCUCUCCACUAUGCAGCUGUGAUGAACUCACAGCUGUGCCAGGCUCUGGCAGGGAUUGCGUGGCUGAGUGGAGUAGGAAACACUGUCAUCCAGAGCAGUGUCACCCUCUGGCUGCCUCGCUGUGGACACCGGUGGCUCCAUCAUUUCUUCUGUGAGGUACCCUCAAUGAUUAAGCUUGCAUGUGUAGACAUCCAUGCCAGUGAGGUCCAGCUAUUCGUCGCUUCAUUGGUUCUGCUUCUCUUGCCCUUAGCACUGAUAUUGAUGUCCUAUGGACAUAUAGUUAAGGCAGUUAUAAGAAUCAAGUCAGUCCAGGCCUGGCACAAAGCCCUGGGAACAUGUGGAUCCCACUUGAUGGUCGUGUCCCUCUUCUAUGGGACCAUCAUAGCUGUCUACAUCCAGCCCAAUAGCUCUUAUGCUCAUACUCAUGGGAAAUUCAUCUCCCUCUUCUACACAGUAGUGACCCCAGCCCUCAAUCCUCUCAUCUACACGUUAAGGAAUAAAGAUGUGAAAGGAGCACUGGGAAGACUACUUUUAGAGGAUCGGGAGGUGGGGAAGAGCAGCCAGUAA